AUGGCUUUGGUUGCUCCUGUUGUUGCUUCAUUCGAAUGGACCAUUGAAGCUGCAAGAGAAUUAAUUUGCAAGAAUCAUGAUGAUUUUGAGUUCGUUCCUAAUAAUCGCUAUGAAAGGAUAUGGAAAACAUAUCCAACCAAUUGUUUUCUAAUAGAAGGUUCGCUGCUUCUCCCUUUCAAUGUCGUAGGAAAUG